AUGGACCUUCUAUCCGAAAUAUCAAUUCUGACGGCCAAGUUCCACGACCUUUUGUCAAUAUCCAGCCACACGAGCCUCAUCUCACCGGCAACCCGCUUCCGUGCCAGAUCCGCUGCAUCAUUGUCCUUGAUUUUGAGUAGGAAAAUUACUGGAUCCUUGUGCUUCAAAUUGCCCCAACAAACCUGGAACGACUGCCUGCCUGCAAUCUCUUCCCGGCUCAAAAGGCUGAACAAGGAUGGUAUGUCACCAUGUAGCGUCAAUAAAUCAGAUUCCAUCCGUAUUUGUGCAAAAAAACGAACCCCAAUAAUUGACAAGGCAAGUUCCGAUAUGUUUCCAACCCUUUUCAUUCCAGGCUACCAAAAAUGCAAAAACAUACAACAGCAGGUAUUCGCUAGUGAUCGAACGGGGUUCAGACUUUUCUGGGUCCUAUGGUUGUAUGUGCUUGAACAGAUACAGGGAUAUAGGAGUAGUUACUUCGCGCUAGCGGUACUGUUAGAACAACGCAAUCGCUCCAAUCAUAUGGUUUACAGCCACAUAAAUCCCGGCUAA